AACGCGCAAAACAAGAGAAAAUAAUUGAAAAAGAUGCAACAACAAUAACUAAAUUAAACAACUGUUAACGACAAUUUCUCUCGAGUUCAAAAAAUAUACAACAACAUUUGUUUGAUAACCAAACGAGAAAAACCAAACGACGAAACAAAUCAAAACUAAAAAAAAAAAAAAAGAAUAUAAAAAAAAAACCAUACGAACAAGGACAUGAGUCAAUGCAAAAACUAAGCGCCAAAAUUCAAACAGAGAAACGUCCUUUUGAAGCAUUCCACGACCCGAAAUCAAGCUGCGAAAACUUUUCCCGGAAUACAUAUAUAUCAAAAAAAAAAAAAAAAAACAAACAAACCCCUAAACUAAAUCCAAAAAUUUCAAGUGUUUUCUAAGGCGAAACGUGACUCCAGAGUUGCCAGAUCAACAACUACGAGAUAAUUGCUAUUAUACAAUAUAUACGUAUAUAUAUAAUCUUUUUUUUUUUUUGUCGAAAUACCUAAACAAGACACGACCCCCCUGCAAAAGUAACACCCCCUCCCAACCGAUCCCAGAGAAAAGUCAAAUACAAAAGAAAAUCAAAUUAAAACAAGAAACCAAUUAAAAAGUGCUCAAACGCGCCGCCGCAGCAAUUAGAAGAAGAAGAAACAGAAGAAGAAGAAAAAGGAAAAGAAGAAAAAACAAAGAAGAAGCAAAAAACCAGUAAAUAGAGCUUUUAAAGAUGGCUUCCGAGCUGGAUCAAUUCGCCGAUUUGGAAUUAUCGAAAGAGGAUCGCGAGCAAAUCUUCGAUCCGCCAUUGGAUCGGCAGCAAUUGGAAGGUGCUGGCACCUCAAGUGUUACGACAUCAAAAAUCUUAAUAAGCGGCAUACCGCUGCAGACACGUUUCGAAGACAUCGAACCGCUACUGAAGCCCUAUGGCAUCGUCAAACAAUGUGAGGCUAUUUCUAGUAAGGAUCAAAAUACUCAAACAGUACAUAUAACAUUCGAAAAUCCUGAGCAGGCGCAAAGAGCUGCUGGUGGUCUAAACGGCGUCGAGUUCGAGGGCAGUAAACUGCACGCAGAGCAAUUGGACAAAAAUCAACGUCGGAGCAUACGCAAUCAGCGCAAUCCGUAUCCCGGCAUGCCGGGUCCUGGACGCCAGGCGGACUUUCCGCUGCGUAUUUUGGUACAGAGCGAAAUGGUGGGCGCGAUCAUUGGACGACAAGGUAGUACCAUACGGACCAUAACACAACAGAGUCGCGCCCGGGUCGAUGUGCAUCGCAAGGAGAAUGUCGGCUCCCUCGAAAAGUCCAUUACCAUCUAUGGCAAUCCGGAGAAUUGUACCAAUGCAUGCAAGCGCAUAUUGGAGGUUAUGCAACAGGAGGCACUGUCCACGAAUAAGGGUGAAAUCUGCCUGAAGAUACUCGCCCAUAAUAAUUUAAUUGGUCGCAUUAUUGGCAAGAGCGGUAACACUAUUAAACGCAUUAUGCAGGAUACGGACACGAAGAUAACCGUUAGCUCAAUUAAUGACAUUAAUAGCUUCAAUUUGGAGCGAAUCAUAACGGUGAAGGGCUUGAUUGAGAAUAUGUCACGUGCGGAAAACCAAAUCAGUACCAAGCUGCGCCAAAGCUAUGAGAACGAUCUGCAGGCAAUGGCGCCUCAGAGCCUUAUGUUCCCCGGUCUGCAUCCCAUGGCAAUGAUGUCGACACCGGGCAACGGCAUGGUCUUCAACACGAGCAUGCCGUUCCCCUCGUGUCAAAGCUUUGCCAUGUCCAAGACACCGGCCAGCGUGGUGCCACCGGCCUUCCCCAACGAUAUGCAGGAGACGACAUAUCUGUAUAUACCGAAUAAUGCCGUUGGGGCAAUCAUUGGCACCAAAGGAUCGCACAUACGCAGCAUAAUGCGCUUCUCAAGCGCAUCCCUCAAAAUUGCGCCCCUCGACGCCGACAAGCCGCUGGACCAACAAACGGAGCGCAAGGUCACGAUUGUUGGCACACCGGAGGGUCAGUGGAAGGCGCAGUACAUGAUAUUUGAAAAGAUGCGCGAGGAGGGCUUCAUGUGCGGCACCGAUGAUGUCCGCCUUACCGUUGAGCUACUUGUCGCCAGUUCUCAGGUCGGACGCAUCAUUGGCAAGGGCGGACAGAACGUGCGUGAGCUGCAACGUGUGACGGGUAGCGUCAUUAAGCUGCCAGAACAUGCGCUGGCGCCACCUUCAGGCGGCGAUGAGGAAACACCUGUACACAUCAUUGGGCCAUUCUACAGCGUUCAGUCCGCACAGCGGCGAAUUCGCGCCAUGAUGCUAUCGACAAAUCCGCCACCAGUGACCAAAAAACAGAAAGCUGCCAAAGAACAACAAUUGCAACAACAACAACAACAACAACAACAGCAACAGCAACAGCAGAACCUAGCCGGCGCUGCGCCAAGUGGGACUCAACAACAGCAGCAACAGUCGCCGUCGCAGCAGCAGCAGCCGCUGCCGCCGCAAUCGCAUCAUCAAUCGUCGGCGGCGUCGUCGUCGGCGCCACCUGCGCAUCACCAGCAGCAGGCGUCGUCGACAGCGUCCUCACAUCAAUUGCAGCAGCAGCAGCCGUCGCCGCCGCCCGGCAACGCAUCGGCCGCCACCCAACAGCAGCAGCAGCAACAACAACAGCAGCAACAGCAGCAGCAGCAGCAGCUGGCGAGCUCCCAGCAGUAAGCUGCAUGCAUGGGGAUAGGGAAGGGCCAGACGGGGGGGGCAACCCAAAUACAUCAGCAAACAACUUGAAUAACAACAACAAUAAUACAAUACAUUAAUAGCAAUAGCAACAACAGCAACAACAACAAUAAUAACAACAACAUUUGGAUUUGCCGUGGCAGUUUUCCAUAAACUUUUAUUCCGCUUUAUAUAAUCAGGCAGCAGCAACAACAACAACAACAACAACAAGAAAGAAAGAAAGAAGAAGAAGAUGAACUCUCGUCCCUCAACUUCGAUAAACUCGUAAACGCGCUAAAUGCCUGCCCCUCGACUGCUGGCAAGGGCAGCAGCAAACUAAAUUCAAAAAUAUAACAGAAUAUAACAGCAAAUCGCGACCGCAACAACAGCAACAACAACAACAACAAUAACAGCAACAGCAACAGCAACAGCAGCAGCAGUAAAAGCAACCGGCAACAACAAGGCAGAUGCGGCUGAGAACUCGCUCUUUCCCUCUCUUGCAAGUUAGUUGCAGACGCCCAAAGGGGAGAGCUACCAGAUUUUGUGUACAACAAUUAAAUGCUUGCUUAUAAAAAAAAAUCAUAAUAAUAAUAAAACUCGGCGCAGUUCCAAUAAAUGGGCUAAACUGUUAUACGGCAAUGCA